AUGACAGAAAUAUCUCUUGUGACGGGCGCAAGCGGGUUUAUUGCCAGUCAUGUCGUCCAACAACUACUCGAAAAGGGCCACCACGUCCAUGCCACCGUUCGAAGUACCAAGAAUGAGAAGAAGAUCAAGCAUCUCAUCGACAUUCAGGCGCGAUGGCCCGGAAAAUUGACUUUGUUUGAAGCGGACCUGCUUGUGCCCGGCUCCUUCGACGCUUCGAUUAAGGGUUGUUCGAUUGUAUACCACAUUGCCUCGCCUUUUUUCAUCGAGAACAAGAUUCAAGAUGGUCAGAAGCAAGUGGUUGAUCCAGCUCUUAAAGGAACACAGAAUAUUCUUGCCGCGGUUCAAAAAUGCGAGACAGUCAAACGUGUCGUCUUAACAUCGUCCGUGGCGGCCAUCUUUGGCGAUUACGCAGACGUUCGGCAAAUGACGGAUAACACACUCUCCUCCAAUUACUUCAACACCACCAGCACGGUCACCCAUAAUGCUUACUCCUAUUCCAAAGUGGUGGCUGAAAAGGAGGCCUGGAAGCUCUAUGAAGCCCAGCCCAGCCCCCGACGCUGGGAACUCGUGACCAUCAACCCCGGUUUUGUCCUGGGCCCAUCACUGUCCCCAACCUCUGAAUCCGGCAGCCUGUCUACUAUUGACGAGCUCCUUCGUGGCCAGCUAUUUUUAGGGGUUCCAGAUCUCUGGUUUGCAACUGUCGAUGUGCGGGAGGUUGCCACUGCGCAUAUCCGAGCAGCAAAAGAUCCGAACUCGCACGGUCGCUAUAUCCUAGCCGACAGAAAAAUGCAUAGUUUCGUGGAAUUUGCACGCAUAUUACGAUCUGUCACUCACUCUUCCCGAAUUCCAAAACACACGCUUCCGUCUCCCUUCGUGCACCUAUGUGGACCGCUGCUUGGCUUGAGUCAAAAAUGGCUGAGGCUAAACCUGGGAAUUCACUUUGCCAUUGAUAAUGCUGCCAGCUUGGAUGAUUUGAAAAUUGUUUACCGAUCUCUGGAAGAGACGUUGGAGGACCAUUACCAUUCCUGGAGUACUCAGCAUUCAUCGCACUAG